AUGAGCUACGAGCAGCGGAGGGGCUGGGGACGGGGCCGAGGGCGUGGGGGACGGGGCAGAGGGUUUUCAUCCCAAGCAGACAGUGAUAAUGCUGGAGGAGGAAGGGAGAAACCUCCGCCUCACCUGCGAGGCCGGGAUAUCGGACUGUGGUAUGCCAGGAGACAGGGCCAGAAGAGCAAAGACAAGGAGAGGAUGGAGAGGGCUGUUGUACGAAUGGAUGAAUCCAGAGAGGAACAUAUCACACGAUUACUCAAUGCUGUGCAGACUACGAAUAACAGUGAGAAGCACACGCGGCAUGAAGAAUCCUGGUGGUCUACUGAAGAUGAAAGGAACGACCCUAGUCCUCCACCAAGACGAGCAACUGUUAAUAAGAAAGUGCCUCAAGACAAAAUUUUCAGUCAAGAAAAUGAAUCCAGUAAUGAUCUAGACAGACAGCUGAUAGAGGACCUUCUAAAGAAGAGAACAGACUAUCGAUAUCUUGAUAUGCAGAGAUUUCGGGAAAAAUUGCCUUCCUUUGGCAUGAAAGAGGAGAUAAUGAAAGUUGUAAAUUCAAACCAAGUGACCGUUAUUAGUGGAGAGACCGGCUGUGGGAAGACCACGCAAGUCACACAAUUUAUUUUAGAUGACUACAUCAACAAGAGUAAAGGAUCUUCAUGUAACAUUGUAUGCACCCAACCAAGGAGGAUCAGCGCCAUUUCAGUAGCAGAGCGCGUGGCAGCUGAAAGAGCAGAGGCCUGUGGAAGAGGAAAUAGUACAGGCUAUCAAAUUCGUCUUGAAAGCCAGUUACCACGGAAACAAGGCUCUAUUCUAUACUGUACAACUGGCAUAGUGUUACAAUGGCUGCAAUCAGACCAGAACUUGACCAAUGUCAGUCACCUUGUAAUAGAUGAAAUCCACGAGAGGAAUCUGCAAUCUGAUGUUCUAAUGGCGAUCAUUAAAGAUCUUCUUAUCCGUCGGAAAGAUCUGAAAGUCAUAUUGAUGAGUGCCACUCUAAAUGCAGAGAAGUUUUCACAGUAUUUUGACAACUGCCCAAUGCUGCAUAUCCCUGGAUUUACAUACCCUGUGAAAGAGUACCUCCUGGAAGAUAUCAUUGAAAUGUUACAGUAUUUCCCUAAAGACACCGAUAAAAGACCCAAGUGGAAGAAACGCUUUAUGCAAGGACGUUCGGACCGUCCAGAAAAAGAAGAAAAAGAGGCAUUAUACAGGGAGCAUUGGCCACAGUUUGUGCGGAAGCUCCAGGGAAGGUACUCAGCGAGUACAAUUGAUGCUCUGGAACUCGUAGACGAUGAAAAGGUUGACCUUGACCUCAUUGUGGAACUCAUCAGGCAUAUUGUUCUGAAAGGAGAGGAUGGUGCUAUCUUGGUAUUUCUUCCUGGCUGGGAUAAUAUUAGCUCAUUGCAUGAUCUACUGAUGUCCCAAGUCAUGUUCAAAUCAGAUAGAUUUGUUAUUAUUCCUUUGCAUUCCUUGAUGCCAACUGUAAACCAGACACAGGUCUUUAAAAAGCCCCCUCCUGGAGUUCGAAAGAUUGUAAUUGCAACCAACAUUGCAGAGACAAGUAUUACAAUUGAUGAUGUGGUUCAUGUCAUAGAUGGAGGAAAAAUAAAAGAGACCCACUACGACACACAAAAUAACAUUAGCACAAUGACUGCUGAAUGGGUUAGCCAUGCUAAUGCUAAGCAAAGGAAAGGUCGUGCAGGCAGAGUUCAGCCAGGUUACUGCUACCACUUAUAUAACAGUCUGAGAGACAGCUUGCUUGAUGAUUAUCAAUUACCAGAGAUUGUCAGGACACCACUGGAGGAACUUUGCUUACAAAUCAAGAUCUUAAAACUUGGUGGCAUUUCAUGUUUCUUAAGAAAGUUAAUGGACCCGCCAUCUCGAGAAGCCAUCUGCCUAGCAAUAAAUCAUCUAAUGGAACUGAAUGCUCUAGAUAAGCGAGAGGAACUGACCCCAUUGGGUUUCCACUUGGCACGCUUGCCCGUUGAGCCGCACAUUGGAAAAAUGAUCUUGUUUGGAGCUCUUUUCUGCUGUUUGGAUCCAGUACUGACUAUUGCUGCAAGUCUCAGCUUUAAAGAUCCGUUUAUCAUCCCUUUGGGGAAGGAAAAGUUGGCAGAUGCAAGAAGGAAGGAACUAUCCAAGAAUACGAAAAGUGACCAUCUGACUGUGCUGAAUGCCUUCUUGGGCUGGGAAGAAUGCAAAUGGCAAGGAGCCAGGGCGGAGAGAAACUACUGCUGGGAGAAUUUUCUGUCUUCCAACACACUCCAGAUGUUAAGGAAUAUGAAAGAACAAUUUGCAGAACAUCUGCUUGGAGCAGGCUUUGUGAGCAGCAGAAAUGCAAAAGAUCCCAAGUCUAAUAUCAAUUCAGAUAAUGAAAAACUCAUCAAAGCGGUUAUUUGUGCUGGUUUAUAUCCCAAAGUGGCGAAGAUCCGACCCAGCUUCGGUAAAAAGAAGCAAAUGGUAAAGGUUUAUACAAAAUCUGAUGGCAAGGUCAGCAUUCACCCAAAGUCUGUCAACGUUGAUGAAAGUGAGUUUCACUACUCUUGGCUUGUCUACCAUUUGAAGAUGAGAACCACCAGUAUUUACCUGUAUGAUUGCACAGAGGUGUCUCCAUACUCAUUGCUUUUCUUUGGAGGAGAGAUCUCUAUAAACAAGGAUAAAGACCAGGAUACUAUUGCUGUAGAUGAAUGGAUUGUGUUCCAAUCACCUGCAAAGACUGCUCAUUUAGUCAAGGAUUUGAAAUCAGAACUUGAUGUCCUUUUAGAAGAGAAGAUUAAAAAUCCUCAGCCUGUGGACUGGAAUGAAACAAAAUCCAGAGACUGUGCUGUUCUUUCUGCCAUCAUUGAUCUGAUAACCACGCAAGAGAGUGGAGUAACUAAGAACUUUGCCCCUAGGUUCCAGAAUCAAUAUUACAAUUGAUUACUGGGCAGCUCCUGCACGAGAACUCUUGCACUCUCAAUAUUGCCACAAUGUUCUGUAAACUCCAAGCACCUGUUGUAAAUAUCUACCCGUGAACAUGCUGACAUUUCAUACGUAGAGAUGCCAUACAUAUCGGUUGCAGGUUAAUAAUAUUAAAAUAAACCGAUACCAUCCUCUGUGAAUUAAACAUUUACUGCCAGUGGGCCAGCA